UAAAUAAAAGUAAACCAUCUAAUUGCAAUUUAGGAACAUCUGAAAGAUAUUUAUGCACAAAUGGAUCGGUCCAGUCACAUGUAUGUAGGCACCGGUUGAGAGGCGUGUUCAGGAUCAGAUCCCUUGAUGCUGCUGCAGUGAAGAUGGCGGAGAGAGGAGACGGCCAUCUGAACCCAAUCAACAGAAAAGCUCAGUGAUUAUAUGAGGUCGUCACCAGAACAUUUGGGUAGUUAGUGCUGGCAGAAGAUCUGGCCAAACAGGAUGGACAGUGCUUAGAUGUGGGCAACGUUUAAGCUGAAUGCAUUGUGAUUUCCAAUAAUUGAGACAGUGAUUUCUAAAAAGCUGUCUACAUUAAUGAAAAGAACAAUGUUGUCAGCUUAGCAUAUUCAACCCUGUACAUGAAUAUGAUUAAAUAGGUGUCUUCAGCUUUGUAAUUAUUCAUGCAUGUAUUAAGGCUACAGUUGUUUUAGCUGAAGAGUUAUACAUAGGCAGAUCACUUCCUAGUUGCAUUCUUUUAUAGUUUUUAAUAUAGUUUUUUAAGAAAUUGAACAUGGAUGUGAAUGAGAUUUUACCUCCCCUCCCAUUGGAGCCACCAGACACAGUAUUGGUGGGGAAUGAUUACUGUAAAGCACCUCCACCACCUCCCCUGCAAACGUCCAGUGACGCAGAGGAAAUGGACGUUAGCUCUGGUGGUGAUGGACACCAAAACACCCCAGCAGUGGACAGGGAUGAACAGCUCCUCCUCAACAAGCGCACAUUGUCCUUUAGUGUCUUCCCAUCAGAUAAUCUUGACCCCGUGGCCAUGUGCCCUAGAACCGCUCGCCACGCUCCCCCAGUUACCAAGUUCUUACCUGAUCUCAAACUCCUCAAAGAUGUAAAGAUCAGCGUCUGUUUCUCGGAGAGCAGUAAAGACAGGAAGGUGUUGUACACAGGUGUGGGGCAGGUUAGGCAUGGAGAUCACAGCUUAGAGAGCCUGAAUGGUGAGUUGCAUGAUUCUCUAGACCAGGGGAGUGUGCUGGGCAGUUCAGGUACAAGAAAAGGUUCUCUAGGUUUAGCUAGAAACAUUGAAGAGAUAGAGGCUGAGCAGGAGAACAAGGUUGAGUUUGCUGUGCUGGACGACCUGGAAGAUUUUAGCGAGAACUUUCUGGAAGCGGAAGAUGGAGAACUGAGUGGUUUCAGGUCUGAGAUGAUAGUUCAACAGGAGCGAGUGAACGAAGAGGACAUGAGUUACUCCUAUGAGGAGGAAUUUGACAAUGAUAUCGAUGCCCUGUUGGAGGAAGGCAUGCCCUUGCCCAAGAAGAGGCGUCUGGCUGAGGACAGGUACACUGGAGACAGUGAUCACCAUUCAGAUGGGGAGGCUGGAGUUCAGCCCAUGAUGACCAAAAUUAAGACCGUUCUUAAGAGUCGCGGGCGUCCACCUACUGAGCCGUUACCUGAUGGUUGGAUCAUGACAUUCCAUAAUUCUGGUAUUCCAGUCUACCUCCACCGGGAAACCAGAGUUGUAACCUGGUCUAGACCUUACUUCCUUGGAACAGGAAGCAUUAGGAAACAUGACCCACCAACCAGUAGCAUUCCCUGCUUGCACUACAAGAAAAUGAAGGAACAUGAAGAAAGGGAACAAAAUGGAGAGGUGACUCCGAAUGCAGAGGUGUCGCCGGUGAAAUCGGGGGAAGAGGGGGUCUCAUUGGAGAGAGUUGAUGAACCUGACUCUACUGCUACAGAAGAGGCAACUGGCCAAACUGCAUCCGAAGAACCAGAUCUUGACCUCAUGGAGCCAGGAGGGUUUCCAGAGGGUCGGGCUGUGGGGAAGGAAGGACAGUCCAGUGAUAUUGCACAGGGAGCCCUGGGCCAGGUCAAAGCCAAGGUUGAGGUCUGCAAAGACGAGUCUAUUGACAUUGAAGAAUUCAGAAACUACCUAGAGAAGCGCUUUGAUUUUGAGCAAGUGACGGUGAAGAAGUUCCGCACAUGGGCCGAGCGCAGGCAGUUCAACAGGGACAUGAAGAGGAAGCAAGCGGAAUCUGAGAGGCCCAUCUUACCAGCCAAUCAGAAGCUCAUCACUCUGUCUGUGCAGGACGCACCCACAAAGAAAGAAUUUGUCAUCAACCCCAACGGAAAGUCAGAGGUGUGCAUUUUACAUGAGUAUAUGCAAAGAGUGCUCAAGGUGCGACCAGUUUACAACUUUUUUGAAUGUGAAAACCCAAGUGAACCCUUUGGAGCCUCAGUCAUUAUAGAUGGUGUUACAUAUGGCACAGGAACAGCAAGUAGUAAAAAACUUGCGAAGAAUAAAGCUGCUCGAGCAACACUGGAGAUCCUUAUUCCUGACUUUGUCAAACAGACGUCUGAGGAGAAGCCUGUAGAGGGAGAUGAACUGGAGUAUUUUAAUCAUAUCAUUAUUGAAGAUUCAAGGGUGUACGAGCUUGCUAACAAAGCAGGUUUACUCUCACCAUAUCAGAUCCUUCAUGAGUGCCUUAAGAGAAACCAUGGGAUGGGUGACACCAGCAUCAAGUUUGAGGUCAUCCCAGGAAAGAACCAGAAGAGUGAAUACGUCAUGACGUGUGGGAAGCACACUGUACGUGGCUGGUGUAAGAAUAAGAGGGUGGGAAAGCAGUUAGCAUCACAGAAGAUACUUCAAAUGCUUCAUCCUCAUGUGAAGAACUGGGGCUCACUGCUGCGCAUGUACGGCAGAGAGAGCAGCAAGAUGGUCAAAAAGGAGAAUUCUGAUAAGAGUGUGAUUGAGCUUCAGCAGUUUGCCAAAAAGAACAAGCCAAACCUUCACAUCCUCAACAAGCUACGAGAGGAGAUGAUGAAACUGGCUCAAGAAAGGGAGGAAGCAAGGAAGAAGCCGAAGAUGACUAUAAUGGAGUCAGCUCAGCCUGGCAGUGAGCCUCUGUGUACUGUUGACGUCUAACAAACCCUCGGCCAACCUGUCAUGAUAGCCGAUAACACUGACCAAUGGUAAUAGUUUUAACAAAAGGGUCAUUGUACCAUUACUGAAUUGUGCAUUACUUUGCAAUGCAAAUGGCAAUACUAGUUAAAUUUUAUCAGAUUUGAGCUAUUCCCAAGCCUGUUAUUGUCCAUGUUUAUGGGUUUGGCAAGUAAUUUAAGGAUGUAUGCACUAAGGAGAAGGUAGAAUGAGCAUAAUAUACCCCCCAGAUGCACAUCUGCACCUAUAAGUGCACAAAUGACUAUUUGGCUGAUGACAAGAAUGCCUAUAUGAAUCAAAGUGGUAAAAUUAUGUUAAGUAUUACUGAUGAUUGCAUUUUAAGUUUGUGGCUUUUAGAUGUUAAUAAAAUGUUGUUAUACAUUUAAACAGCAAAUAAAUUCAUUUAAUAUUUACGAUGGAACCACAGAUUUCAUGAAUAUGACAGACAAAUUCGCAGUACUCGCAAUUGAUGCAUUUCAAUAAACACAUCUGUCAUUUUACAAAGAUAGGUUCCUUUAAUGUCUAAUGUCAGCUUCUGGUAUGCAGAGUUGUUCAUUCUGGAUUUGUCAUUACUGGCAGUGCAUGUGACAUUUUAUUUGGAAAAAGGGUUUAUAAUGACUUGAAGUGUGUUUAUCUUCAGUGGCCAGGUCUAGUCCUUAUGGACCUUAGUCAGAGUAGUGCCAUAUUGCCAUUUUUGAUGGUCUUGCAGUCUCUUCAAAGGGUUGAACUGUUGUUUGAAUUGGUGUUGGUCAUUUAGCUGACGAAACACUGAAAAUACAUCUCCAAAAAAAGUGGAUUGGACAGAAAACAUGAGUUGUGAAAAUUAGUGAUCAAGACUUAUGUGCAUGACACUGAACAAACUGACAGCCUUGUUUUCAUCCAUGAAAAAUUAAGUAUGUCUACCCUCAUUAAGGUCUAUUCGGACAUGAAACAUAUAACUGUGUUUCUAAAUCAUUUAAUGUGCACACUUCAACUGCUGUUCAGAAAUGAACUAAUGUUAUAACAGUUUAGAAUGAAAUUAACAACCUUUUUCAAUUAAUGAGUGGUAAUGCAUAUUAGUGGUCAACUUAAUUCUGAUUAGUAGUGUUGUGUUCACUAAGCACUGCAGAGAAAACACAAGCACAAGUGUUCGAGGUACUGUAGUUAAUAAGGGAGAUAAGAUGAUAGUGUGUGGUUUUAUGUUAUGGUUGUUAUGCUCUUAUAAUCUAACUCUUGAAUAAGAGACUGGAACGAAAAGUUGACAUGUUGCUUUAGUUUUUCCCCUUUCAUUAAUGGUACAUUGUGUCUCAAAAGGGAAAUGCCUCACUCAAAUCUGCAUUUGUGAUUCUAUACGUUGCGUAUUUGCUGUGGAGUGAUGCUUUCUUGCAUUGAUACUUUAGAGAAAAUGCCUUUGAAGCAUGUGUUUAUUUGCAUUUAUCUCAAAAGAUUUUGUAUGGUUUGUGAACAUUUGCCAUGGUGAUAAGAGGUGAUUGUGUGCUCAUUUUAUUUUGAUCUUAUUAUGGUGUAUUAAAUAGUUUGAACCACAUUCAUUAUUUCAGAAGGCAGUUUACCUACAAAAAAAAGGUGGUAACUCCAUACCUCGAACAGAAUCAGACAGUCAUAAUAUUUGUUAGCUUGAAAAACAGUGUGAACCAAAGCUUAAACAAUUAUGCAUUUUUAUAGAAUAUUGCUGCAUAGCGAUUCACAAAUAUAUAAACGCAUAAAUGGAAUACAGUGUUGAAUAUGGAAAAAAGAUGCAAUAACUGCUGGAUUAAAAUAUGGUCCCUGUUUGAAGAAAAUCACAUUUAGGGAGGAAAAAUGUUCUGGCCUUGAUAUGACACCAAGGUCUUCGAAGUCACAGUAUUUACUCUCAACACCAAAAACACCCUGAGUGGAGAGGAAAAAAAAAAAAUCAUGUUUUCUUAGGACAGGGACUAAAUAAAACUGUCAUUGACUUCAAUAUUUUAGUUGGUGUGCUUCUCCUGAAUGUUUACUGCAUCUGAAGGCACUUUCCUGUUUUCCAUGAGCACAAGGCUGCUGCCAUGCUAAGAGUGCUUAGAGAAUGUGCUUUCCCUAUAGACUUCUGGAGUGUGACUUGUCUCAUCAUUCUUGCCAAGUGUGUAUUAGCUGUAUGAAAAAACGUGUGCUUUUUAGUUAUCAUUGAAGGGAUGUUAAAUGAUUUUGCUGCAAGUAACACUGUCUAUAAAAGAUGUUCUUUUUAUGUCACAUGAUCACUGUUACACAGUGAUUUGUUUAUGCAAAUAAAUCAUGACCAGAAACUGA